CCGACGAUUUGACGACGCGUUGGCUUGCCAUUCGCCAAUUAUCCAAUUAUGCACUCCAUACUUGCUGUAGGUCAUCUCCGACGUAGACCUGUGACGAUGGUCGGAGGUUGGUAGAUAUUCUCUCUCUUUUGGCAUUUACCCUUUAAGAAUGAUAAAGGCGUUCAUGCACCGUCUUACCGAGUCCCAAGAUCCGCUUCAUUUAGCGUUACAUCCCGUUCCCUGUAUCUGCUCGUUGUCUUAAAAACUAGAACUCUGUAUUAUUACAGGGCACUAGAGGGGGAACUGUCUCAACUUGCAAUCUUGCUUCUUCUCUCUAGUCGUCUGCUUGCUCAACUCCGACAGUAUCAGCAUGGUACGUUCAAGAUCAUGGAGAGCUGCCGCGGCAGCAGUUCUACUGAUGACGACUACGGUAUCGGCACAGACCUGGUCGUCAUGUAACCCACUAUACUCCACCGAUUGCCCCCCAGAUGCGGCACUGGGCAUGUCGAUCCACGUCGACUUCACCCAAGGAUCGGUCAAUUCCUUCGUUGCGAGCGGCGGAACGCCCAAAUACGACUCGGCCGGCGUCGAGUUCACGGUCGCGAACCCGGGCGACGCGCCGCAGCUCACGAGCCUGUUCUACAUCAUGUUUGGCCGGGUCGAGUUCACGAUGAAAUCCGCGCCGGGAGCCGGCAUCGUCAGCUCGCUCGUCCUGCAGUCCGACGACCUGGACGAGAUAGACAUGGAGUGGCUCGGGGCGGAUGGCGCCCAGGUCCAGACCAACUACUUCGGCAAAGGCCAGACCACGUCGUACAACCGCGGCGAGUUCAACCCGGCAGCCAACAACCAGGGCGGCUUCAUCAAGUACACCAUCGACUGGACCCCCGACCGCAUCGUGUGGUCCGUCGGGGGCACCGUGAUACGGACUCUCCAGUACAACGACGCCGACGGCCAAUACCCCCAGACGCCGAUGCAAGUCAAGUUCGGUUCCUGGGCGGGUGGCGACCCGUCAAACCCCCCCGGCACGAUCGAGUGGGCCCAAGGGCCGACGGACUACUCAAAGGGCCCAUUCACCAUGACCGUCCAGUCCGUCUCCAUAACCGACUACUCGACAGGCGAAUCGUACAAGUACGGCGACACCUCGGGCACCUGGGAGUCGAUCAUCGCCAACGGCGGCGCCGUCAACGGCAACCCGGACAAGGGGGGCGGCGGGCCGACCGUGACCGCCAGCGCCGCCAGCCCGACGGGCCUCUCGCCGACCGUCCCCGCCGGCGGCAUCGGCAGGGGCGACACCGCCACCCAGACCGGCUGGCCCUGGGUCAAGGCGUCCGGCACGGCCCCGCCCAACGCCAUCCCCAGCGGCUGGAGGAUGACCCCCGACGGCAAGAUCGUCCCCAUCAACGGCGGCCCCGGUCCCGCCGCCGGAGCCCCGAACUUGCUGCUCGCCGCGUCACCGCUCGCCGUCGGGAUCCUCGGCGCCGUCGUCGGCUGCUGGCUUUUGUGAUGUCAUGGGCUGGUCGCAGGGGGCGGGGCCCAAAAACACACAAUGGGAUAUGUAAAGGAGGACUGUACAUGAUUUUUGCAUUGCGUUUGGAGGACCAGGCUUUUUUCUUCUUCUUAUUCCCUUUCCUCUUGGCAGGGCUUGUAGAGUUAUACCCUCCUGUGCACGGAUAGAACAGCUCACAGCAGCAGGCGUUGGGAGGUAGUUCGCGGCGAACGGGCUAGGAUGCAAAUAGAUGGAUAGAUUUGAGAUGUCACGACUCCCACGGAGGUUGACGUCGGAUGAUGAUUCGGAGAACGGCAGGCGGACGGAUGGAUAGGUAUAUAAUAAUCACGAGUCCGCUGUUGUCAUGCACUCACCCGAGCAAAUAAUUGACUCCAACAAUAAAGUCGCAGUCACCAA